AUGGAAACUACUACACAUUACUGUCUUUCUCGUCAUGGAUUCAUCAUUUUGCUUCUUGUUACGUUAGUUUCUAAUUACGUGUCUUGUUUAGAUUCAAGGAUCAACGGUUCUUAUGAUAACACAAGAGACAUCAUAAUCCACCGUUAUAGGAAACGUGUUCUCUCCAGUUCCAAAUCUGGAGAACCGAAUCAACAGCCACUGUGCUUAGAGACACCGGGGCCUAAAGACAUAGUGCCCAUCUUAUGUGUUGAUGGAUAUGUUAUUUCUGAUAUAAAAUUCGCCGACUAUGGCCAACCCACUGGUGACUGUGAAAGCACAUUUAAACGUGGAAACUGCGGUGCACCUGCUACUUUGAGGCUCGUCAAAAAGAAUUGUCUUGGAAAACAAGAAUGUUAUUUUCUACUGAGAGACGAGAUGUUUGGUCCGACCCAUUGUAAAGGACCUGUUCGUUUCGCUUUUUCCGGUUCUUGUAAGAAGAAAAGAAAAAAUUAA